CCACGAGACAAUCCCCUUGCACGCACACAUCCAUUUCCAGUAAAUGUCUGGUUGUGCAUCUUGCUCCCAUGAGAAUAAAAGACUCACCAUCCCCCCGCCGGGUUGGGAGGGAAUAGAAUGCGAUCUUGAACAUGAAAACAAACCGGCUCAUGCUGAGGAAAUUGGAACAGCCUUAAGCGGUUGAGAGAGCAAGAGCGAGAGAGCAAAAAAAAUACAGACAGACAAGAAAAGCCCUGAGCCAUGAAUUCCCUCCUUGGUGUUUUUCAAACAGUGAAUCGCAGACAAAAGGUGAGCCGCUAAACAGAUUCACUGCCAGUCUGCAGCAGGACCGAGCGCUUACGCUGUCCCUUUGGUGCUUGAAGCCGUCGAGGUUUCGAAGACAAAGCAAAAUCUCUUAAGGGGAAUUUCUGCAUCCUUUCGACCAUAGGAGGAAAAAAAAAACAACAACAUUAAGCUCGAGACCCAAUCCUAGACACUUCACUGAAUACCAAUUCAAGAGACAACUAGGUCACCAUGCCGGGAUUGCCGAGAAGUCGCUUUGUCUCAUUGCUGUUGGCAUUGCCAGCCAUCCUGGAGACGGGCACGAUCCGGGCGUGUCGCCUUGGCUCGGCGACACAGUGCGAGAAAGCACCCUUUGUACCCGGCUAUAACCUGGCCGGGGAGGGUUUCGAUGUGGUGCGGUUGCGACGGACGGGGGCGUAUGUCAUUAACGUCAAGGGUCAGCUGGCUGAGAACCACACGUGCACACUGUGCCCAAACCGCUUCCACAAAGGACAGAUUCAGAGGCUCCCUGCUGCUGUGCUUGACUGGCGCCCCUUCAGCCGUUGCAGCAAGCAGCUUUCGAGUGCCCUCCACCACUCUGUGGACUCUCUGUUGCGCAGCUCCAACUCACUGGUGAACAACAACUGGAGCGUGGGUUUGAGCCUCGAUACGUAUGGCAAGGUAGUGCUGGGAGGGAGCCGCUCAGAUUUGGCCAAGUUCGCUCGUUCGCAGCACAGCGUGGACAAGGCCACUUUCGCCAUACACGAAAUCAGCUGCACGUACUACAGCUACAGACUGGCCGACCACCCGCAACUGAGCACAGAGUUCACCAAGCAUCUAAACAGACUCCCGCGGGACCUCGUGACAAGCCACGACAGAGCCCUGUACAGACGGCUCAUCGACACCUACGGAACGCAUUACAUUUACCAGGUUCAACUUGGUGGGAAAGUGAGGCGAAUCACGGCCUUUCGGACCUGCCUGGCCACCUUGAAGGGCUUUACCGAGACGGAGAUCAAAAAGUGCCUGAAUGCCGAACUGCGCAUGGCUUUGGGAUUCCUCCCUGCCAACGCUUCCUUCUCCAACAAGUGUGACGGGCUCAUGAAGGGCAACAUGAGCAUGGGCUUCUACCAAGGCUUCAUGACUCAUAAGUUCGAGGUCAUUGGCGGGGAGAAAUACUUUCCGGACAUCCUUUACCAGCAGGACCCCUCCGACGCCUACCACAGCUGGAUGAACAGCCUCCAAGACAACCCAGAUGUGGUGUCCUAUGGGAUUUUCCCCUUGCACCAUCUGGUGGAGGACACUCAGCUCAGCGCAAAUCUAAGGGAAAUCAUCUCAGAGUAUAUCCGGGAGAACAAGCUUCAAGAGGACCAGCUGGGUUUCAAGAGCUGCUCGCCAAACCCCAACUUGGACCACAACUGCUGCCCCCUGCGGGCCGGCCGUGGCUCGCUCAAACUGGAAAUCCACAGAGCCGCUGGCCUCAAGGCCGACACCUUCACCAAAACGGACGCCUACGUGAAGAUUUUCUACAACGGCAUGUACGAGGAGACGGGAACGGUGAUGGACGACAACAACCCGGUCUGGAACGCGAGCUAUUACUUCAGCUCGGUGGAAGUCGGGCAGGAGUUGAGGUUUGAAGUCUGGGACAGAGAUGUUCUUUACAACGACCAGGCCGGCGUUUGUAUCGUCUUUCCCGAGCAAGGAACUCGUUCUUUGAGCUGUCAGCUGCGCAAAGGAGUCCUUUACUUUUCAUAUAGCAUCAAGUGCGAUGCUCACUUGUCAGGCUUCAGGUGCGGACGGUACUCUCCCACUGCGGAAUAGUUCGGACCUGAUUAAAUUCUUCUCAUUUACUUCAUGGGAAGGUCUUCUUUAAGAAUUAGACUUUUUUGGUCAGCAAGGCACCCCUGCAAACUUACUUCAGCAAAAUCUUAUUGUAGCCAAGGGAGAUUCGAGUUUGUUUACAAAAACAGACAUUACCAGGAUCGUUGUGUGAAGGCCAAGGCCAUAUUGAUGCCCUUUCAUACCUUGUACUUUACUUUAUAAUCCUAUUAUCUAGCGCUUUGAUAUCAUGUUCUUGAUUACCAUUAUUUUGACGAUGAAUAAAUAAAUGUGUUGUGGGUGCAAUAACAUUUGUCCUGGCGUUUUACUUUCGAGACGAGACAGAAAUGGCGUAAAAAUGGCCAACAAUGUUUAAAUUCUCACUAGAGCGGUGAACAAUUGGGAAGCAUUUUCCAAUGGCGGCGAUUGUUGCGUUCGUGUCAGGAUUCGUUCAAGAUCGCAAAACGUUCUAACGGUUGCCAGAUGAUUCGUCUGUACUUUUCUUGGCGCAAGGGAAUUUUGUACAUGUUCAAAAUAACUUUUGUCGAAAAGUCUUGCUGAACAGUGGGAUCGGGCC